GAUCCAGGGAGAGAGGUGCCGUCGAUUCCGAGUAUAAAAGCCAAUGGACGCCGAAGUCAGACAUCAUACCAUCUCGAGACCUCCGUGAGUCAACAUGAAAGCGUUUGUGGUAUUAGCAGCCGUGGCGGCCCUCGGUUCGGCCAGGCCCGAGGCGGGAUACAGUUACAACGCGCCCAGCGGCGGCGGCGGUCACGGAGGACUCGGCGGCCUGGGCGGAGGUCUAGGUGGGGGCCACGGCGGCCUCGGAGGAGGCCAAGGAGGCUUCUCCUCUGGAGGUCUCAGCUCCAGCAGCUUCGGUGGAAUCAGCGGAGGAUUCUCAUCAGGAGGCGGCGGUUUCUCAUCCGGAGGCGGCUUCUCAUCUGGCGGCGGAUUCUCCUCAGGCGGUGGCGGUGGAUUCGGCGGCGGCUUCGGCGGCGGCUUCGGUGGUGCUCCCAUCGUCCAGAAACACAUCUACGUCCACGUCCCCCCACCAGAACCUGAAGAACAACGCCCGCAAGUGAUCGGCGGCGGCGGCGUACCCCAGAAGCACUACAAGAUCAUCUUCAUCAAGGCUCCCGCUCCCCCCGCGCCGGUCGCCCCCGUCAUCCCCGCUCAGGCCCAGAACGAGGAGAAGACCCUCGUCUACGUGUUGGUCAAGAAGCCCGACGAGCAGCCCGACAUCACCAUCCCCACCGCUGCCCCCACCCAGCCCUCCAAGCCCGAGGUUUACUUCAUCAAAUACAAGACCCAGAAGGAAUCUGGUGGCGCUAUUGGAGGUGGUAUCGCUGGAGGCAUCGGCGGUGGUAUCAGCGGUGGCUCUAUUGGUGGUGGUAUCUCUGGCGGCCUCUCCGGUGGUAGCAUCGGUGGUGGUCUGUCCGGCGGCAGCAUCGGUGGCGGUCUGUCCGGUGGCAGCAUCGGCGGCGGGCUCUCCGGCGGACACGGUGGCUCGUCCGGAGGUCACGGCGGCGUCAGCUCGUCCUACGGACCCCCCGGACAGUCCGGCCCAUACUAAACAGCGCCUGAAGCGCGCCAACUUGUGAUACCUGCUCUGCCGGCGAAACCUAGUGUUAAGUAGAGAAAAAAUUACGGUGCCUAAAUGUAUUUAUGUAAAUAGUAAUUUUAAUUCUUAAUUUUAGUUGUAUUAUAAAGUUCUUUUUGCAUAAAAACCGAUAAACCAA